AGGACAGUAAGACCAAGAUCGACAUCAUCCGCAUGCAGAUCCGCAAGAGCAUGCAGGCCAGCGAGCAGUCGGAGGAGAACCACGGUAAGCCGGACCUGUGCGGGGUGGAGCUGCGGGUGGAGGAGCUGUGGCACCACUAUCGGGUGGAGCACGCCAUGGCCGAGGGCGCCAAGAACAUGCUCCGCCUCCUGGGUGGGGCCAAGGUCCAUGACAAGAAGGCCCUCGCCGAGGCCCAGUGCGGUCUGAGCGGCUCCUCCCAGCGCCUGGACCUCCUGCGCUCCUCCUUGGAGCAGCGUCUGUCCGGCCUGCCCCAGGACCACCCCAAAGCCUGCCUCAUCAAGGAGCAGCUGCUGCUGUCCUCCUCCCCUGCCUUCAGCUGCCGCCACGGCGCCCCCUACGUCCACAACCAGUACAGCACCCUCAGCAAGCCCUCGCCACUCACUGGUACGCUGCAGGUGCGUCUGCUGGGCUGCGUGGGGCUGCUGGAGGUGGUCCCGGGGCGGAGCCGGGCCACGCCCGUUGUGCUGCCCUCCUAUUCGCUGGGAGACGGCCGCGCCUCCUUCAAGCUGAGCGGCCUCUACAGCCGCAGCGGUAGCAGCAGCAGCCUCAAGUCCCCCGGCAAAACCGACGAGCUCUCCACGGAGGUGAGCGCGGUGCUGAAGCUGGAGAACUCGGUGGUGGGCCAGACGGCCUGGAGGCCGGUGGGAGAGGAGGCCUGGAGCCAGACCUUCAGCCUGGAGCUGGAGAGGUACCGGGAGAUGGAGAUCGCGGUGUACUGGAGGGACUACCGUUCCCUGUGUGCUCUAAAGUACCUGAAGCUGGAGGACUUCCUGGACAACCAGACGCACCGAGUCCGCCUGGAACUGGAGCCACAGGGGCUGCUGCUGGCUGAGGUGACGUUCUUCAACCCCAUCAUAGAGAGAGGCCCGAAACUACAGAGACAGAAGAAAGUCUUCUCCAAACAGAACGGAAAGGGCUUCCUGCGUGCGCGGCAGAUGAACGUUGACGUGGCGACGUGGGUCCGCCUCCUCAGGAACGCCAUCCCAAGCGGCACCACGGCAACGUACAACCCCUUCAGCAGCACGGCGGGCACGCACGGUGCCGGGGAGCCCUCCCUGGAGAAGCUGAACAUCGAGAGUGGCUCUCCCCCCAAGUCUGAGCCCAGGAGAGACGUGGUGGACACGCCCCUCACGGUGCCGGUGAUCUCCCCCCCCAGCGUCCAUCCUCCCCAGAAACCUGCUAGAACACACAGCUCAACCAGCAGCUCCAGUCAGGGUCCUCUGUGCCUUCAGGACUUCAAGAUGAUCGCCGUUCUCGGCAGAGGCCAUUUUGGAAAGGUCCUCCUCUCUGAGUACAAGAAGAGCGGCCGCCUGUACGCCAUCAAGGCCCUGAAGAAGGGCGACAUCGUGGCCCGCGACGAGGUGGAGAGCCUGAUGUGUGAGAAGCGUAUCUUCGAGACGGUGACCGACGCGCGGCAGUCCUUCCUGGUCAACCUGUUUGCGUGCUUCCAGACCCCGGAGCACGUGUGCUUCGUCAUGGAGUACACGGCGGGGGGCGACCUCAUGAUGCACAUCCACACCGACGUGUUCCUGGAGCCCCGCGCCAUGUUCUAUUCCGCCUGUGUGGUUCUGGGUCUGCAGUUCCUGCACGACCACAAGAUCGUCUACCGGGAUCUCAAGCUGGAUAAUUUGCUGCUGGACACAGAGGGCUUUGUGAAGAUAGCAGACUUUGGCCUCUGUAAAGAAGGUAUGGGUUUCGGGGACAGGACCAGCACCUUCUGUGGGACCCCUGAGUUCCUGGCCCCGGAGGUCCUGACGGACACGUCGUACACCCGGGCGGUGGACUGGUGGGGGCUGGGGGUCCUGAUCUACGAGAUGAUGGUGGGGGAGUCGCCGUUCCCCGGUGACGACGAGGAGGAGGUGUUCGACAGCAUCGUGAACGACGAGGUCCGCUACCCCCGCUUCCUGUCCACCGACGCCAUCGCCAUCAUGAGGAGGCUGCUGAGGAGGAACCCAGAGAGACGGCUGGGCUCCGGAGAGAAGGACGCAGAGGACGUGAAGAAACAACCUUUCUUUAAGACCAUGGACUGGGAGGCUCUGCUCCAGCGGCAGCUCGCCCCGCCCUUCGUGCCGGCUCUCAGCGGGAACGCCGACGUCAGCAACUUCGACGAGGAGUUCACCGGGGAGAAGCCGGCGCUCACGCCGCCGCGGGAACGCCGCGUCCUCUCCCGCAAGGACCAGGACACCUUCAGGGACUUCGACUACGUCUCCGGCCUCUGCUGAGGCCCCG